AUGACAAUCGAGUUUGUGGUAAACCUGGAAAAUCACAAGAGAAGAAUUUGGAGUAUCUGUUGGAGCCCUGAUGGAAAUUUCCUGGCGUCCGUAGGAGCAGACAAAUAUAUAACCAUAUGGAUUAAAACAAAUAAAGACAAAAUAAAAAAGACAAAAGAAAGCAGUAAAGUAUGGAAGAAAUUUAAAAUGUUUGAAGAAGGGACACACAAAUCAGGCAACAUAGAAUUUGAUAUAUAUGACAUUAUAGAAACUAAUCACGAGAAGUCACUACGUCACAUUGAAUUUUCUCGAGACGGAAGCUUCUUUGUUGUUGCAUCCUUUGAUUCGAAGUGCUCCAUUUAUAAAAAAAAUAAUAAUGACAAAUGGGUUUUUUACAAAUCUUUGGAGGGACACGAAAAGGAGGUGAAGUGUGCCUCAAUUCAUCCCACCAAUAAGUACAUAGUAACCUGCGGAAGGGACAAAAGCAUAUGGAUACACGCCAAGACGGAUGAGGUGAGUAAGAAGGACGACGAGCAUGGUGGGAGCGCGGCAAACGGGGGAGAAGCGCUCACAAACGGGGGCGAAGCGCUCACAAACGGGGGCGAAGCGCUCACAAACGGGGGAGAAGCACACACAAACGGGGGAGAAGCACACACAAACGGGGGAGAAGCACACACAAACGGGGACGAAGCACACACAAACGGGGAACACAAUGAGGAACAGGUAAAAGAGGAUUCACAAAAUGCCGUGCAAACAGAUGUACAAUGUGGCAACUCGGGGAAAAUUCACCUGAACGGAGAGCCCAAAAAAGCCAAUAACCACUUCGACGUUGACUUCGACUUCAACUUUGACGCUUACCUAACGGCGCAUUCUGAAGACAUAAAGUUCGUCGCCUGGUGCCCUCUCAGCGAAAACACAUUCAUCUCCCUUUCGUAUGAUAACUCUUUAAAAAUUUGGAGUAAACAGAUAAGCGAGUGGAAUUGUGUACAGACCUUAAAUGAACACACAUCUGUGGUGUGGUGUGUUGCCUUCAAUUUUGAUGGCUCUGAAUUCGCUACCUGCUCAGAUGACAAAUCCAUAAGAAUAUGGAAGAGUGAAAAAAAGGUUUGGUACAAUAAACAUAAGUACCCUUUUCUUUACCAGCAUAUAGUAAAGGACGCAAGGAAAUCAUCAAAUGAAAGCUCCUUGUGGUCGUUUAUAAAUAAAUCGAAUGGCACAAUGGGGGGUAGUGUCACUGGGAUGAAAAAGGUGCUCACGAAUGAUAACCGCGGGUAUAGUAACCAUAACAGUAAGCACAGUGCAAAUGGGAAAGGGUCCAACGAUCGAAAUUUUCUGGAUAAAACAAAAAACCUGUUUCGAAAGAUAAAAGAACCGAAGAUCCAAGGGGUGGGUGAGAAAACCUCCGAUGGGCCAUCCAAUUUCCCUACAUUAGAUUAUUCAAAGGAGGACAAAGAGGUGCAGGCGGCCUUGAAGGCAGUCGUGCAGAAUAAUUUCGUGCCACUCUAUUUCGACCAUGGCCUUUUCAAAUUUGUUUACAAGUACGCAGAUGUGGAAGGGGGGAAAGAAGGAGCGUGUAUACAGAGGAAGGCUUCGGCCGAGAAGAGAGAGGAACAAGGAAGCGACCCGCAAAAGGAAUCCCCAAGCGGAGCACGCCUCAUCGCGAAAAAGGAGCUGAACAACGAACUGAACAACGCACUGAACAACGAACUGAACAGCGAACUGAACAACGAACCGGAAAAGGAACCGAAAAACGAACCGGAAAAGGACGAGUGCAUCUCCAAGGUGUCCAAAGAUGGCGUCGAUCAAGCGAACACGCAUGGCACAGAUAUAGCGCACAAAAACGAGUCGGACGACGUGUCAGAAUUGAGCAACGAGGAAAAGACUAACAAACAGAGUGGAUGCACCACCACGCAAGACGAACAACAAACGAGUAACCCAGUUUCAGAAAACAACGUCUCCUCUAUGAACAUAAUUCCAAAUCUCAGUGACAAAGAAAAAGAUUUAAAAAAUGUAUCGUUCGAUGACUGGAAAAUAAAACACGUGAUAGAAGGAUACCACAAGAGAAGCAUUAGCUACCUGGACUGGAAUGCUUACGAGGAUUUAAUUGCAGCGUCUUCCUUUGACAACUCUUUGAAAAUAUUUCAGAAGAAUCUAGACACAUGGAAUUUGAUAGAGAAUAUCGAAAAUGCUCAUUUGAGUGACGUCAAUUGUGUUGUGUGGUGCCCGCAGAAGUACCAGGACUAUUUUUUGCUGGCCACCGCUGGCGAUGACUGCGUCAUUAACAUAUGGAAGUACACGAAGGGGUAA